AUGGGGUACACUAUAGGCAGAGGCAAAUCAUUGCAAACCAAACACUAUAUCCUAUCGGCCGGCGAUUUGCUCAUUACAAACAUCGACUCCAAUGACGUGAGACGGAGAUACCGGUGCCAAGUGGCCAACCGGUUGACCGGUGAGCGCACCGACAGCACCAUAUGGGCCCGAAUUGUUUUGAUUGAUAGAGGACACGACUCGAUCCCUGGCCUUAAAAACAACCUGAGCCCACCCAUGAACGCACUGGUAGUAAACGAGGGCCAGUCAGUAGCCCUGUACUGUUCAUUCGACGGUCAGCCCCGACCGACACUGGAAUGGUAUUACGCGUCUGUGAGCGCCUCCGCCGACACCUCAUCGACAGCUACAAUGAAACGUCUGUCCACUUCGGACACCGGCAGCUAUAGAGUUACGCCAAACAUGCUAUUAAUAGCUAACGCACAGCACAGGGAUAGCGGAAGGUUUAUAUGUGUGGCCAAUACUACCAGAGCUGAACAGAGAUACGAGACACAAGUCAUCGUUAGAACUUCACUAUCAGCCCACUUAUCUGCCUCGUCAUCGACUCCCAGUCUCGGCGAAGACAUUAUCCUAAACUGUAACCUAACUGUGAUCGAGCCCUCCCAGUCCCCCACCGCGUCCACAAUACCCACGUCCAGCAGCGCCUACAGCAUAAUAGCGGGCGUCAAGUGGUUCCGAAAUAUGCGGCCAAUAGUGAUGGACCACCGGAUCAGACAAAUCAGCGAAACUGUGAUUAACAUCCGUUCGUUCCGCUACUCAGACGCCGGAGUCAUACAGUGUUUCAUACACUUGAAGGCCGGCCCCGACUACGAGGAAUGGCUACAAUCGGCUACUGUUCUCACAAUGGAAGGCGUGGAAAAAGCGCCGGUAUUCACAACAGUAUUCUCGGAGCAAAUCAAGAUGGGUAACAGCGAUCUGGGGCUUAAGUGUGCGGCCGUAGGUCUACCUCCGCCUCAGAUUGAGUGGAAGUUGGAUGAGAUGGACGUAUCGGGCAUUCAUAGGGCACGGGUUCACAGCUACGCCAAAGCCGAUAGAGUGGGCACUGUAUCCCAGCUCAACAUCAGCUCAUUGCGAAUGGAGGAAACUGGCGUCUUCCAGUGUAUAGCCAGCAAUUCGAGGGGAACAGUAGCUCACAGGGCCCGCAUCAAUAUAAUGGGCUCGCUAUACAUUAAGCCUAUCGGAAACGUUAGCGCACUCGUAGGCCAUUCGGUGACAAUCAACUGUUCCUAUUCUGGAUAUCCUAUCGAAGAGGUCUUCUUCCUAAAAGGAAAUCGACGCUUGCCUUUGGAUGAGAGACACUCUCAGCCAUCCAUUGGACGGCUGACUAUCUCUCACGUCGACAGGACUGACGAAGACGUAUACAAAUGUGUUGUCCUAUCGCUUAGUGGCCAACGAAUGGAACAAACAUUUCAUCUGAGAGUCAGCGCUGCACCGGCUAUUAGUCCGUUCAUGUUCUCCGACAACUUGGAGGAAGGCAUGAGAAGUUCGGCCGUUUGCUCAGUCAUAUCGGGCGGUGAGUGUGUUUUGCUUACAUUCAAUAAUCAGGAGCCCCCGAUAACCAUCCGAUGGCUGAAAGACGGCAAACCUCUGUCGCAAAUCGAUGCCGACCUCCAGAUCGUGUCGAUCAACGAAUUCAUAUCAUCGCUAAUCAUAUCAAAUAUAUCGCGCUAUCAUAAGGGGAACUACACGUGCGUCGCCUCAUCGGACGUGUCGUCCACUAACUUCACUGCCAUAAUGGCUGUGCGGGCGGCGCCCCAAUGGAUCGUCAAACCGGCCGACCGGCACGCCGUCGUUGGACAGCCGGCGCUAUUCGACUGCCAGUCGACAGGCUUUCCACAGCCGGUCACCCGAUGGAAGUUUAUCAGAGUGUCCGCCCAAAUGUCGGGCACCGGUGGUGGUGGUGGUGGUGGACCGGUAGCCACCGGCUCUGACGCCGUGUCCAUAUUAAGUAGUCCGCAGAUACAUGUGCUCGAGAACGGCUCCCUGUCCAUCAGGGCGGUGGAGGUGGGCUAUCAGGGCGUGUAUGUGUGCGACGCCUCUAAUGGGGUCGGGAGGCCCCUGGAGGUGAGCGCCAAACUGUUUGUCCAUUCGGUGCCGCAGAUUAGUGUCGCGCCCAAACAGGUGACUGUGCGCCGGGCCUCUCAGGUCCAGUUCCAGUGUAUCGGCGCCGGCACCGCACCCCUCACCAUACAGUGGCUUAAAAACGGAGUUCCGCUCAAUAGUGUGGACCGUUAUGUGGUGCGCGAGGAGUUCACCAAAACGGGCGGUACCGAGAAGUCGUCCCAAAUCGCGAUCAAUAACUCCGUGCGCGACGACACGGCUGUCUUCACGUGUCUGGCCGUCAAUCAGUACGGCAGCGACAAUCAGGACGUCAAUGUGGCCGUCCAGGAGCCGCCCGACCCGCCCACUGGACUACGCGGGCUUGAGGUGGGCGCCCGGUCUCUGUCGCUCGCGUGGACUCUAAACUAUUUCGGGAAUAGUGUUGUCGUUAAGCACAGCAUUCAAUACAAACGAAAAUCAGAGCAAUGGUUCGAAGCGUUGCUCAUCCACUCGACGUCCAAUACGGUAACGAUUGUCAAUCUAUCGCCGGUCACCGCAUAUGACAUUAGGGUUAGAGUGGAGAAUGAGAUCGGAUUCAGUGACUAUAGCGAACCCAUUGCCAUCACUACCACAAUGGAAGGUAUGCCCAUAUAA